CCAAGUGCAGACAUGUUGAGAGACAUGACGAGAGUAACUACUGUGCACUGCAGCUAAAGCAGUUAGCAUUAGAUUUUAGUGUCAUUUUAACACUACGUCAGUUCAUGUUGCUGCUGAUCUAAGCUAGGAGACACAUAAUGUCACUGAGUCUGCGUGGAGUGACAGUGAACUUUCCUUUUCCUCCUUAUGACUGUCAGAAAGACUACAUGAACAAAGUGAUUGAGUGUCUUCAAAGGAAGGUGAAUGGGGUUCUGGAGAGUCCCACAGGCACAGGUAAAACCCUGUGCCUGCUGUGUGCCACCUUGGCCUGGAGGGAGAACUUCAAGGACACCAUCUCUGCCCGCAAGAUAGCAGAGAAGCUGGGUGGGGAGCAGAUGUUCCCGAACACACCCCUGUCAUCCUGGGGAACGGCUGCUACGGAUGGUGACACACCAACCUAUUACACUGAUGUCCCCAAGAUCAUAUAUGCAUCCAGGACACACUCUCAGCUCGCUCAGGUUGUCAGUGAGUUAAAGAACACCUCAUACAGGCCGAAGGUGUGUGUGCUGGGGUCAAGAGAGCAGCUGUGCAUCAACCAGGAAGUGAUGCGUCAGGAGAGCAACCAUGUCAAGGUCCAUAUGUGCAGAAGAAAAGUCUCCACCAGGUCAUGUGUGUUCUACAAUAAUGUUGAAGAGAAAAGCACUGACAGAGACUUGGUGAACUCCAUCCUUGAUGUGGAAGACUUGGUCAAAUACGGCAACAAACACAGGGCCUGUCCUUACUACCUCUCCCGUUCCUUGAAGCAGCAAGCAGAUAUCAUCUUUAUGCCGUACAACUACCUGCUGGAUCCGAAGAGCCGCAGGGCGCACAACAUCGAGCUGAAUGGAGCCGUGGUCAUUUUCGAUGAAGCUCAUAAUGUGGAAAAGACAUGUGAAGAGUCGACGUCGUUUGACCUGACUCCCUAUGAUGUAGCCUCAGCCAUUAGUGCCGUGGACCGGCUGCUGGUGGAGCAGGCUAAAGAAGCCAGCCAUGAAGCCUCUGAAGAUUUCAACGUGGAUUCCCUCAGCUCUGAUCUAAAGAUAGACAUAGCCACCAUUGCUAAAGUCAAACAGAUUCUGCUGGAUCUGGAAGCUGCCAUUGAUUCCUAUGAGGUUCCUGGUGACAAAGGAAUCACAAAACCUGGAAUCUUCAUCUUUGAGCUGCUGGAGCGAGCUCACCUGACCUACAGCAGCAAGACGGCUGUCCAAGAAGCUCUGGAGCAGAUCAGUGGACACUUAGUAGGACAGGCGGGACUGUUCCUGAACACAGGUGGACUGGAGAAGCUGGCUAACAUCAUACAGCUGGUGUUCAGUGGUGAACCGUCAGACACGGACAGACAGCAGCGGAUGCAGUCCAACACGGCUCAUUUUAAGGUUCAUAUCCACAGAGACACCAGCCAGCACAGGAAAAAACCGAGCGCCGACAUGUGGGCUUCAUCCGCAUCAAAGAAACAAGGAAACAUACUGAGUUACUGGUGCUUCUCUCCUGGCUUCAGCAUGCAGGAUCUGGUGAAUCAAGGUGUCCGCUCCAUCAUUCUGACCAGUGGGACACUCUCUCCUCUGUCCUCAUUCACCUCUGAGAUGAGGAUAGAGUUCCCCGUGUGUCUGGAGAACGGUCACGUGAUUGAGCGGGACCAGAUCUUUGUCAGCAUCAUUGAACAAGGUCCAGAUGGAAUUCACUUAAGUUCAGCGUUUGAUAGAAGGUUUGUUCCUGAGAACAUGGCGUCUCUAGGCAAAACUGUUGCCAACCUGAGCCGUGUGGUUCCUCAUGGUCUCUUGGUGUUUUUUCCCUCUUUCCCUUUAAUGGAAAAAACCAUUGAGUUCUGGAGAGCUAAUGGACAUGCAGAUCGUAUUGAAAACAUAAAGCCCAUGUUUGUUGAACCUAAAGGAAAGGGAACCUUUACUGAGGUUAUUGACGGAUAUUACAACAAAGUCAAUGAUCCAGCAUCUAAAGGGGGAACCUUCUUUGCAGUGUGUCGAGGGAAGGCCAGCGAGGGGCUGGAUUUUGCAGACACGUUUGGUCGGGGUGUCAUCAUCACCGGCCUUCCCUUCCCUCCAAGGAUGGACCCUCGAGUCAUCCUGAAGAUGCAGUUCUUGGAUGAGAUGAGCCGGAGGAAAGCUCCAGGGGUGAAGUACCUGUCUGGGCAGGAGUGGUACAGACAGCAGGCGUUCAGAGCUGUGAACCAGGCCAUCGGUAGAGUCAUUCGCCAUAAGGAGGACUACGGAGCCAUCUUCCUGUGUGAUCAAAGGUUUAAGAACGCUAAUGCCCAGGCUCAGCUUCCAUCGUGGGUCAGGCCGUAUGUUCGGCAGUAUGAUGGCUUCGGGAACGUGGUCCGUGACGUCUCUCAGUUCUUCAGGGUGGCACAGAAGAUGAGACCUGUGGUAGAGAAGAAGACCGCUGCAGAGAGCAGUGGGGCGACGACUUUACCAGACUCUCAGUCCUCAAGCUUCACUUCCUGCUCAACCUCCCAAAGAUCCUCGGCCCAGAAGGCCAAGGUGUUGGACGCCCACCUUCCCAGCCUGAAGAGGAGGCGGCUCAAUGAGCACACUGGAGCAGGCGGGAUGGCCAGGAUCUGUAUCGAGUAUGAGUGCGAGGUGCAGGAGAGUCAGAGGAGACCGGCCAACCUGUUGGAUGCUCUGGAACGAGACGACCAUCACGGAGGAGAGGACGGUGAUGCUGUUGUGGGAGAGGAGAAGGCAAACCGUUUGUCCACGCUGUCUCUCCAGUAUGACAAGAGGAUGGAUGAUGAACUGCGAGGAGGAAAGCGUAAAAUCAAAUUGGUCCAAGAGCAGAAAAGCAGCGUGUCGGACGAUGUGUCUGAGGAGGGUAAAGCCAGCAGGGCGAAGACGUUCCUGGCAGAGAUGAAGAAGUCACUGAGCCAGGUCAACUUUCAGAGCAUCAUCCAGGCUCUGCAGACCUACAAGAAGACUGACAACCUGGACCUCCUGCUGACUGAGACAGCUGUCUUAGUUGAGGACACUAACAAUCACAGUCUGCUCCGCGGCUUCUACCAGUUUGUUCGUCCACAUCACAAGAAGAGGUUUGACGAGAGAUGCCAGGAGCUGACCGGGCAGGGCUGCGGAUACAAACCUGAUCACUCACUGUCAAAGGACGAGAAGAAAACGCUGAUGCUGCAGACUGCUACAGAAGGACGGCCCACUACAGGUCUGACCUCCUCCAAUCGGACGUCUACCUGCAGUCAGCUGAAUACACAGCAGCUCAACAAAGGAGGACACCAUCUAAACCAGCAGGGACUGAGAGAACCUCAGACUGGUUCUGCUCCAAAAAGCGAGGUCCACGCCGCUUUCCUGUGUGACGUGAAAAAAGCUCUUGGAGCAGAAAAGUCAGCUCAGCUCUUUCAGACCGUUCACAGCUACAAGAAAACAGACAACUAUGAAAACCUGGUGACCACAGUGGUGAGCUUGUUCACUGAGCGAGAUGAGGACUUCAACCUUCUAGUCAGAUUUGGCAUGUUUAUUCGCCCUCAGCAUAAGAAGCAGUACAAAGAGAUGUUGGAUUCACUGAUAGGUCAGUCGGUGUCUUCUGCUGCUGCUGCUGCUGGUGUUGAUGUUGAUGUUGCUCCUGUAAGUGAAGACCAGCAAAGCAAAGAUUCAUCGUCACCUCCUCUCAGGACACAAAGCAAGAUUUCCAGUUUUUUCUCAAGCAGCCAAAGAAAGUAGAACCUGUGAAGACGGAUCAAGCCACUUCGAACAGCUCAUGACUGUUACUGCUGAUGAAGAGGCCUGUGCUCAGGUCUGUGGCGGGAGUCUGCCUGUGUAGGUGUCUGAACCUUGAAGAUGGAUUUGUUGUGGUUGCAGACUGGAUUGAUGAAGCAGAAUUACUGUUGGACUCAAAGCCAAUGAAACUGACAUCUGUCACUACUGACAAUAAUCAACACUACAACAGUAUCCACAACAUGUCCUUUGUUUUUCUCCACUGACUCAGUGAAGCAGAGUAGAUCACAGAUUUAACUUGAUGUGCUUCAGGACAGGGGCUGUCAGGGAUUCAUAAUGUUACUGUAAGUAAAGCACAGCGCCAGGUCUGUCCCACAUCAGUGUCAUGACAAGUGAAAAUGUAAUAUUGAGAAAUAAAACAUUUUUAUUCAUUUUUUUUUUAAAUAUUUUGUAUUUAAUUAAAUUCAUAAACUCUA